AUGCCUCAAGCCCAACGACGUCUAGGAUCUCUUAAAAGGCGACUUCAACAAGAUCCAUCACUUCUGGAAAAGUACAAGAAGUUUAUGGACAAUCUAUUCUUGAACGACUAUGCAAGAAAGGCUACUACACAAGAUAUCGGUCCGCUGAAAUCAUUCUGGUACCUUCCCCAUCACCCGGUGUUCCACCCGCAAAAACCCGAAAAGAUUCGCGUCGUGUUUGAUUGCUCUGCCAAGUACCGUGACACCUCGUUGAACGACCAGCUGUUACAGGGGCCGGAUCUUACGAAUACGCUCGUUGGCGUGUUAACGAGGUUCAGGGAAGAACCGGUGGCGAUGAUGGCGGACAUCGAGGCGAUGUUCUAUCAAAGGACCGCCAAAGAUAACCAGGCUGAAUUUGAUCCUAAGGUUAUUGAAACCGUAGAAAGGAACUUCUAUGUCGACGAUUGCCUUAAGUCAGUUAGCGAAGAAGAAGAAGCUGUUAAUCUGUCACAGCAACUACGUGAGCUGCUGGCCCGAGGAGGUUUCAAGUUGACGAAAUGGCUGUCGAAUUCAAGAAGGGUCGUCGAAGCGAUCCCCGAAUCUGAAAGAGCAUCUAUCGUCAAGAACCUCGAUUUCAACUGUUGGUCUGUCGAGCGAGCUCUGGGAACGCAAUGGAAUAUAUCAUCCGAUCAGUUUGGCUUCAGCAUCGUUAUAAAGGACCGUCCUCCCUCGAGAAGAGGCAUAUUGUCGAUCAUUAGCUCGGUGUACGAUCCACUCGGGUUCGCCGCCCCGUUUGUAUUCCAAGCUAAACUUAUCCUUCAAGACCUUUGUCGCAUGAAGCUAGGUUGGGAUGAAGAAAUUCCCGAAGAACAUCUCAAUCGCUGGCGAUCGUGGCUCGAAGAACUGCCAAAGUUAGAGCAACUCGUAGUCGACCGCUGUUUUAAAUCCCAAGAUCACGGAGAGAUUAAAACAAUCCAACUACACCAUUUUGCAGACGCCUCGCAACACGGUUACGGCGCUGUAUCGUACCUGAGAAUCGAAGACGAAGGUAAUAAGGUAAAAUGUUCUUUCGUGAUGGGCAAGUCCAGACUUGCACCGAUCAAACCACUUACUAUCCCAAGAAUGGAGUUAUCAGCUGCAGUCGUAGCGACGAAAUUAGACGGAAUGUGCCGACGAGAGCUCAGCCUGCAUAUCAAUCAAUCCUUCUUUUGGACCGACAGCACGUGCGUGUUACGGUAUAUCGAGAACGAAGACAAACGAUUCCAAACAUUUGUAGCGAACCGAGUCGCUGCUAUUCACAACUCGUCUUCCCCGUCUCAGUGGCACUAUGUGAACACAGAGCUCAACCCCGCGGAUGAUGCGUCGAGAGGAGUUCAACCGGAUGCCCUCGAACGAUGGAUUAAUGGUCCAACGUUCCUUUUAAAGCCAUUCGAAAACUGGCCAACGAGACCAGCCGACUUCAAUAACGCUGAAGAUACAGAUUUAGAAGUGAAGAAGCCUUCUGUUUGCUCGACAGUCGCCAAAGAAUCCGAUGAAAAUCCUAUCGAUUCGAUCAUUGAACGCUUUUCAUCUUGGAAUCACCUCAGAAAAAUCAUGGCAUGGAUCCUUCGAUACAAGACCAAUUUGCAACGUCAGAUCAAAAGACGAAGGGCCGGGGAGCCAGUAGCGAACGACUCCAACGGUACAUAUACUCCCAUCGAUGUAGAGGAGCUACGGAAUGCUGAAUCUGUGAUUCUAAGGCACGUACAGAAGAAGUGUUUCGAGGAGGAACGAAAGAUUCUCCGCGAAGUCAACAGCGAAACAAGUCCGAAGGACGCAAGGGCGCUAAAGAAGAGCAGCAAAAUUUUCAAGCUCGACCCAAUCUUGAAACAUGGGCUCGUAUGCGUUGGAGGUCGCCUAGAUCGAGCACCGAUUGGUCAACAAGCAAAGCACCCAGUUGUUUUACCGAAGAAUCACCACGUCGUAACGUUGAUCGUGAAUCAUCAUCACAAUCUUGCCGGGCAUUCUGGUUUAGAGUAUACUUUGUCUUUAAUACGUCAGCGUUAUUGGAUCAUCAACGGCAGACAGACGGUACGCCGGGUGCUCAACCGAUGCAUUGGAUGCAAGAAACGACAAGCGCCUGUGAGUCAACAGAAAAUGGCUCAUCUUCCGAAGGAUCGAACAACACCUUCCAACCCCCCCUUUACAUACACCGGAGUAGACUGUUUUGGCCCCUUCGAAGUGCGACGUGGACGAGUGACAGUGAAGCGCUAUGGCGUCCUCUUCACGUGUUUGACGACCCGUGCUAUCCAUCUUGAAGUCUCAAGCUCUUUAGACACGUGUUCUUUUAUCAAUGCCCUGCGUAGAUUCAUCUCGAGGAGAGGCCAACCAGACGAAAUUCGAUCGGACAACGGAGGAAACUUUGUAAAGGGAGAGAAAGAGCUACGUGAAGCUGUGAAGAAAUGGAACCAAUCACAGAUCAACGAAUUUCUUCUACAAAAGAAUGUCAAGUGGACAUUUAAUCCUCCCACUGGUUCCCAUCAUGGUGGUGUCUGGGAAAGGUGUAUCAGAACCACACGAAAGGUGAUCAAGGCUGUGACCAGAGAACAAAUCCUGGACGACGAAGGCAUUAAUACAUUGAUGUGCGAAGUCGAGGCAAUCGUAAAUGGACGACCAAUCACCAAGCUCUCCGAUGACCCGCGCGACAUGGAACCUCUGACCCCUAACCACCUGUUGUUGUUGAGAGCCGGGCCCACACUUCCCCCACAACUACCACCAAGCAAGAUGCAUACAGUCGGAGAUGGCGCCAAGUACAGUACUUAG